AACUUCCUGGUUCCCGGGCUCGCUCCCUGCCACAGCCGCUCGGCCGGGGAUCCACUGGGAAGGGAAACAAUGGGGCGGAGGAGACUGCAGUAGCCCUCGCUGCCGCCCGCGGCCUGGGGACCUCGCCGCCUGUCUCCUCAGCAGACGGGACCGUCCCGAGGACAUGUAUUCCUUUGAGAAAUUUUGGACAGAAGAUCUUAUACCUGACUUGGAUGAUAGAAAGAGAUAAUUCCAGUCAUGAAUUCGGAGCAGGAUGCAGAGUUUAAACUUGCCCAAGAACGGGCUGAAAUAGUUGCCAAAUAUGAUCGAGGUCGUGAAGGUGCAGAAAUUGAACCUUGGGAAGAUGCUGAUUACCUUGUUUACAAAGUCACUGACAGAUUUGGCUUUUUACAUGAGGAGGAGCUUCCAUACCACAAUGCAGCAGUAGAAAGGCAAAAGCACCUGGAAAUUGAAAGAAGUACAAAAUGGCUGAAAAUGCUGAAAAGCUGGGAAAAAUACAAGAAUACAGAAAAGUUUCAUAGGAGGAUUUACAAAGGAAUUCCACUUCAGCUCAGAGGUGAAGUCUGGUCUUUACUACUUGAGAUUCCUAAAAUGAAAGAAGAAACAAGAGACCUUUAUAAUAAACUAAAACAUAGAGCACGAGGUUGUUCGCCUGAUAUCAGACAAAUUGAUCUCGAUGUCAACCGCACAUAUAGGGACCAUAUUAUGUUUAGAGAUAGAUAUGGUGUGAAGCAACAAUCCUUAUUCCACGUUCUAGCUGCAUAUUCUAUUUAUAAUACGGAAGUUGGAUACUGUCAGGGAAUGAGCCAGAUCACUGCUUUGCUCCUUAUGUAUAUGAAUGAAGAAGAUGCCUUCUGGGCUCUGGUGAAGCUACUUUCAGGCCCCAAAUAUGCCAUGCAUGGCUUUUUUGUCCAAGGUUUUCCUAAACUUCUGAGGUUUCAAGAACAUCAUGAAAAAAUACUGAAGAAAUUUCUAUCUAAACUCAAGCAACACUUGGAUUCUCAAGAAAUCUACACAAGCUUUUAUACAAUGAAGUGGUUCUUUCAGUGUUUCCUUGAUCGAACCCCCUUUACGCUAAGCCUCAGAAUAUGGGAUAUUUACAUAUUUGAAGGAGAGCGAGUUCUUACUGCCAUGUCUUACACGAUCCUGAAGCUACACAGAAAGCAUCUAAUGAAACUAUCUAUGGAGGAGCUUGUGGAAUUUCUUCAAGAAACACUAGCCAAGGACUUUUUUUUUGAUGAUGACUUCGUAAUAGAACAACUUCAGAAUUCUAUGUUAGAACUGAAACGGGCCAAAUUAGAUCUCCCAGAACCCGGCAAAGAGGAUGAAUAUCCAAAGAAACCUCUGGGGCAACUUCCACCUGAACCUCAGACUAUUGUUAAUCACCUGAGCAAUGGACAGAAAAAUGUUGGUGUAUCAAACUCCCAACCAUCCAAAAAAACAGAUGGCACAGCAACUCCCAGAAGACAAGAAAUGUUGCCCUGUCAUGAAAGUACAAUCAAUGCAGGGGAAAAGAUUCCUUCUGUAAAGAGACUUGACUCAGUAGAAAAAGAUAGUGGGAAAAUUAAGAGUGAGGUAGAGACUCGAAGAAAACAACUACCUAGUACACAAGACAAUUCUAAGCAAUAUAACAAUGCUGCAGCUAACCAAAAUUCUAAUGCUACUUCAGAUAUCCGGAGGGAUUUUAUACCAAAGUGGAAUAAGCCUUCAGAUAUGUCAGCCAUUGAAAAAGCAGGAAAAUAUGCCAUUGAAGGCAAAGGUAGAACAGUAAAUCACUCACUUGUAGGCACACCCCCGAGUCCUGUUGAGACAUGGGCAUUGAAUGUAAGGCAGAAGGUUAAGAUUUUAGAUGGUGAUGAAGGUAAGCGGGGGUCCAAUGCCUCCCAGUAUGACAAUGUACCAGGAGCUGAAAAUGAAAAUGCGACUGUCGCUGAGGAAGUAUUAGAAAGAGCUCACUCUCAAAGUCCAAGUAAAGUAACUUACCCAAAUAGCCCCAGAAAGUAUUCUGAGAGAUGUUCUAGUCCAUCAAAAGUAUCAAAUAAUUUUACUUUUAAUGUACAGCCACCAAAUUCCCCAAGAUAUUCAUCCCCGGUUGAUGGUGUAGCUCAUAUGAGAAUGCCACCACCAUCCUAUAGCAACCCCCCUGUUUACCGUGGAAGUUCUCCAAAACAUGCCUAUACUGCUACCACUAAUUUCAUACCUCCACAUUAUAACCAUGGGACUCAAAUCAGCCCUUCUCGAAGACCUUAUGGCUCCAAUCAUUCUAUAGACUUUUCUCCAGAGAAAUCUUACAGCCGCCCUGCCCCUCUUGUUAUGCCAUCUAAUCGAAUAGAAGUCCUACCUGUUGAUGUCAGUGCUGCAGGAUCAUAUUCAGGCAAUUCAAGGUCUCCUAUGGGUGGUGACUUCAUAAUUCCUCCAGUGGAUUAUUUGCCAGAUAACAGAAAAUGGCCAGAAGUUACUUACACUUACAGACCUGAGGCAUAUGGACAAUCAUGGAACCGAGAUGCUAACAGAAGCCACUUCAGCAAUUUACCAAAGCAUACAGUUUUUCAACAUGUAGCCAAUCAGGAUUAUAACCUUCCAGCUGUUUCAAUAGAUAGUCCAGUACGGUAUAGAACUUCACCAUCUUUAGAAGAUGUCAGUUCACCCCGGUAUCAAUAUUCAGGUGCACCACCUCCAUCACACUACAGAAACCGUGAUGGACUUUCUAUACAUGAGUCAGUGUUGCUAUGAAAAUCGACUUAUGUUUCCUUAACAGAAGAGAAUAGACACCAUUUAAGAUCUACAUUGCUAUGUUUGUAAUUGCCAAAGCAGUAUUUUAUACAGUUCUGGACAACUUGUGCAGUUCUAUGUAUGUUAAUAAUAAGAAUAUAUCAAAACAUUUUCCAUUCCAGGUAGAUACUACCAAAGUGGAGCAUUUUAAGUUGUGUUAUUAUUGAACCUGUUUAAAAUGAUAGCAUAUAUAAACAUAGCAAUAGUAUGGAGAGAUGUACGCACAACAUGAAUUCAUUACUACUUUUCAGUUUUCAUUUGCAUACUCUUUAUGUUUCAGAACAGAGAAUUCCAUGUGCCAGCUUUAUUUUUUAAAAAUAGCACUGAAAAACCGUAUAUAGAAAGAGUAUUUUUCUGGCCAUAUGUAGUAUAUGUAUCAUCUCUGAAUAGAAAUCUGUGGACAUAUGCAUACAUGUUUGAGCAGGAAUGUUCAGGAAAUUGAAAAGCAAUUAUUUAUCAUGAAUGACUAAUAUUUAAUGGUAUGCUUACUUUCCCUAACUUGUCUUUGAAGCAAAGACUUCCUUGAAUUUUGCUUGAUUUAACCCAUUUGCCUUCUUCACUUGGGUCCUAAACUGACUAAAAUAAUGGCCCUACAACUUCUCAAGGAGGCUAAUUUUUUUCUUUUUUUGGUCUGUCUUCUAUCAUUCGCCUUGAAAAACAGACAAGCAAAGACAUUGGAAGGAGAAGAAGUGCAGCUCUCUGAGCUGACUUCUUAAUGGUGCUUAAAAAGCAAGGUAGAUCACAGGGAUAUAUGUGCCACAUAGGCAGCUUAUAAUGAGGUCACUUAUAUCAAAAUAGCCAUUAUUUUGUUAUAGUUUUGACCCUUUGAAGGCCCAGAGCAAAAUAGUCCUUGCCGUAUACAAAAGAUAUGCUGAAACAUAGCCAUCCCAUGUAAAAAGUUAGAGCAGUGGAGCCAGGAUGUGCUACAUUGUCAGGCUGUUAAAUUAUUAUUAUUAUUAUUAUUAUUAAAACUGAAUGUAAAAAUUACCCCACUUGUCAAUAGGAAUCUAAAGUGACUUGUCUUUUUAAAAAAUUAAGUGUGAUUUUCAUGCUUUUUGAAAAUAUUCCUUUGCAUUUUUCCACUUUGGAAAAAACUUUGUCAAAUUAUAUACUUUUAAAUUGGUCUUUAGAGGACAUUUCUUUAGACAAGCUAUAUUACAGUAUACAUACAAGGUCAAUUCUUGAGCAAUUCAAGAAAAUACAUUGUUAUUUGUAUGUAAUUGAAGAGUUUGAUGUGAGAAUUACUUUUCAUAAUAUUUGAAUAAUAGAAACUUUUAUUGAAUCAAAGAAUAGGCAUUGCAGCCUAUUGCUGCAGGUCGAUUCUUUAAAGUUUUAAGGUACAGAAAUAUAAUGCCUUUGAAAAUGGAAGUAACAUUUAUUUAGUUAGCUAGUGAAUGUGAUAGAUCUUGUUUAUGUAUAUAAUGUAUCUGGUGUAAUUUUAAUGAACUUGGUAGUAUUUUAAAUGAUAGAACACAGCAUAUUAAUAGCUAAACACUACACUGAAUCAUGAAGAAAUUCUGAUUAUUAGUAUCACUGGGCUAUUGAUUUAGAUUGCUGAUAGCUGCUUGGGAUAUAUGUAUAUAAUGUAGCCAAGGAUGUUAACCUUAAAAUUUAAACCUUGAUUCUGUGAUUUAUAAUAAACUACACUGUAUAAUUUA